AUGGCCGCCUUCUGGGAGGAUCCGAACUGGGUUAUUCUGUGGCCGAAAGAUAUGAAACGGGAGUUUAUCAUCGAACAAUCGGCAAAGCGACAGCCGCGUAAUCUUCUGCGCGACCGCGAAAAAGUACGACAUCAGAAGGCUGUAGACCCCGUUACGGGUGCUGUCGUUGGGUACGCGCGUUGGAUACUUCCGUCCGGGCACUACACUACAGAGGAUGGCAGUCCGGCGUGGGCCGAGGCACAGGUACCGGAUGUUAGUGAAGGUGAGAAAAAGCGGUACCAGGAAUUGGCUGAAUCGGCCUGGUGGAAUCCGAGAGAGGAUAUGGAUAGUCUCGAUGAUAAGAACCAUGUUGUGAUGGACCGCAUCUUAGCGGAGAAGCCGUUCAUCAGGCUUGACUAUCUGGCCGUUCACCCAGAGAACAAGGGGAAAGGAAUCGGCACGGCACUUGUUGCAAGUGGAAUGAAAUAUGCUGAACAGGCUGGAGUCCCCGUUUUUACCUUGGCGUUCAAAGCAGGGCGCGGGAUUUACGCGCGCCUUAGAUUCCAGGAAGUCGAUAGAGUUAUUCAGAAUGACUCGGAGUAUGGUGGGCCUGGUGAAUAUGCAGCGUACUUCAUGAUAUAUAAUGUCUCUGGGAAUGUGUGA